AGCGCUGACUUCCUUUGCUGGGUGGGGCCUCCUCCGGCGCACAUAUUUAUUGCUAGUUGUUUGAAUCGCAUGUCUGACUUCUUUCAAUGUGUAACCCGAUUCAACUUCGGGUUCCCUCCAAGUGAGAAGCUAUGAGUUCCCAAAGAACGUAGCCUAUUUCAUCCCAAACAUGGUUCGCUCUCGACCAUACGGCCGGCGGCGUACAGCCCUACUCGCCCUAGGCCUGGUGACCAUAUUCAUAUGGCUUUUUUACCACUAUCGGUCGCCCUCCGGACACAGCCAUGUCAGCACAGUCGCCCACGGUGAGUUCUGGCGACAGUUCCAACCCCUGUUGACACAAUGGGGACCAAACUGCAAUCCCCCGGAACGGCUCGCCAAGGCAGACUCGGUUGGAUUCGACCCCAAAAACACCGAACAGCCUCCCAGCUUAAUAUUGUUACCGGACGAAGACGUCCUGAAAAUGAAACACGCACAUAGCAACUUCGUGCACGCCAUCGCCAAGGACCCUCCAGCACUGGCCUACCAGCCAGGCACGCGGGGGAUAGUCUCAACCGCGGGCGGCUCGUAUCUACCCGUCCUAGUCAUCUCACUACGAAUGCUGCGCCAAACGGGCUCCAAUCUGCCCAUGGAAGUAUUCCUGGCCGACUGGGACGAGUACGACGGCUACAUCUGCCAGGUAGCACUACCAUCGCUGAACGCCAAAUGCGUUCUGCUCUCCGCGAUCCUGGAUACGGUCCCGGACAGCAAAACCAAGAUCGAGAAAUACCAGUACAAGCCGUUCGCUAUGCUGUUCUCCUCCUUCGAGGAGAUCCUCUUCCUCGACGCGGAUGCGUUCCCUCUCCAGAAGCCGGAGCUGGCGUUCAGUAGCGAGCCCUUCAAAUCGAAGGGUCUGAUCACCUGGCCGGAUUUCUGGGGUCCCACUGUGUCGCCUCUGUACUAUGUCAUCUCGUCGCAGGAGAGACCUGCGCCGAAUAUCCGGCAAUCUACCGAGUCAGGCGAGGUGUUUAUCUCGAAGCGCACACAUCUCAGGACCCUGCUUCUGGUCGCCUACUAUAAUUACUGGGGCCCCGGGUAUUACUAUCCACUCCUCUCGCAGGGCGCAGCAGGUGAAGGUGACAAGGAGACUUUCAUCGCAGCCGCGACGGUCUUCAACGAGCCCUUUUACCAAGUCAGUGAGCCAAUCCGCGCCCUGGGCCGUCAUACGAACAAUGGAUUCGCCGGCUCGACCAUGGUUCAGUAUAGCCCGAUAGAGGACUAUGCCUUAACGAAGAAGGGCGAGUGGCGGAUAAAGGGGUCCACUGUUCCGGCGCCGAAACCGUUCUUCGUUCAUAUUAAUUUUCCCAAGUUUAAUCCCGCAACGGUGCUCGCGGAGAACGGACCCGUGGUGAAGGAGGACGGCAGUUAUACCCUGGCGUGGACGGCCCCGGAGGAGGUGAUUGAGUCGUUUGGUCUGGAUCUGCAGCGUCAGUUGUGGGGGGAGAUUUGGUGGACGGCUUGUGCUCUUGACGGCAAGAGUAUCAGUUGGAAAGGGCAAACAGGGAUCUGCGAGAAGGUUGAAGAUUAUUGGAAUAUCGUCUUUCGUUGAUUUUGGCGGAGGCGUG